AACAAAAAUCUCUCAAUUUUGAGUUUUCCAUGGAGAUAGAGGAGAAGCAAAACCCUAAUUCUCAUGAGCGUCUCAGGCGAGUUACACCCAAAUCCUGGUCGGAGCUUCCUCUAGAUCUCUUGAGUUCGGUGUUUGAAUGCCUAAGUUUUGCUAAUUUCAACCGAGCCAAGUCCGUGUGUUCGUCUUGGUACUCUGCUUCGAGACAAUCCGUGCCCACAAAUCAGAUCCAUUGGCUCAUUCUCUUCCCCGAAGAAAACAAUGAUAACAAUUCAUGCACGUUGUUCAAUCCCGAUGAAAAAGACAAACUUUACAAAACGCAAGAUGUUGGUGAGGAAUUUGCAAAGAGUAUUUGUAGGGCAACCUAUGGAAGUUGGCUCCUUAUGCAAGAUCCUCUGUUUACUCUCUACAUUGUGAAUCUCUUUACCCGCGAGAGGAUCAAUCUACUUCCCGUGGAGUUAUUGUGGGAAGGUUAUGAGUUAGGCGUUUCAAGUCGCAAAGGACGAAUGAAGUCCAGAGGUGGGUAUGUACGAUCUCCUGUGUUUUGGAUUGACGAGAAAACCAAAGAUUAUGUUGUUCUUUGGGGACUUAGAGAUUGGUGUGUAUUUUAUUCCAAGAAAGGAGAUACCUCUUGGAAUCAAAUCCCCCAAACUCCAGAUUGUUUCGAUAUGGUUUACAAGGAUCACAAGCUUUACUUCAUAGGCUACUUCCAUAGUUUCAAAAUCUUCGAUCUUUCUGGAGAGAUUCCACAACAAAUCUUUGAAUGGAGUGUUUUCGUAGACCGUAGUUCCUUACGUGGACGGGGCGUUUGGGCCACAACACUUGUAGUCACACUCACAGGAAAAUCCCUCAAGGUUGAAAGAGUGAAGAGGGACUGCUGCUUCCAGGUUUUCGAUAUUUCUUCAGGAAGACGGAUUAAUUCUCUGGGAGAUGAGUCAAUUCUUUUGGAUCAAGGCAUCACUGUGUCCGCCAAUGACACUAAUGGAUUCAUUAGAAAUUCCAUCUAUUUCAAUAAUGCUUAUCAAAAGCACGCAACCGACAUGUUUAUCUUCAAUCUUGAGACACGUAAGACGGAGCCGCUGCACACAUUUGAUAGUUUUUCAUUUCAAUUCUCUAGAGCUCAAUGGUUCGUACCUAGUUUCACGCUUACAUGAUGUUGAUCUCAACUACGUUUUUCUCUUCAAUAUUAUGUGUUCUUUCAGUGCUGAUUUUGAAUAAAAGAUUUUAACA